UACUUUGUUCGUGGGAGAUUGGGAGAUUAAGCUUAGGUACUACACUACCGGAGUCAAAAGACAAAAAAAUCCAUACUUUCACGGCUUCGCUCCCCUUCAUCCGUUUCAUUCACGGUGUGAAAGGUCAACCCCAGAUCUUUGCUGUUGGCUUGUAGAUUUGCUCGACCCCUCUUGCUUGAGCUUUCCGGCAUCAACAGGUGUAAUAUCUGCGUGGGUUGGGCUCAGUGACAUUACCUGUCGAUCCAUGUUUGGCAGAAGUUGCAAAGGGAAGAAGAGCUGCAAAAUUGACUGUUUCAUUCUCGUGAUCGAUUUGGUGAACAGAAUCUAUGGCUGGAUCUGAUCCAAUCUAGAGACCCUAUUCUAAUCCCAAAAUCUAUUUAAUGUAAUGAGGGAAAUAUCUUCUUCUCGUCUGCUGGUUUCUUUGCUCUUUCACGAACACUCUAAUCUCCUUCCUCUUUGAUAUCACAUUCCCCUUUUCCCUCAAAUUUGAUUUGGGUUUCGAUCCUUUCUCACCGAGAAUCAGUAUCGACCCAUCAAAUCUUCGACUUUUUGCCGGCAGAACCAACAAAAUCCGAUCUUUUUGAUGCGUCCUCGUUCCAUUUCUAAUUUGCUCACCAGUGGUGAAGAGGGAACGCUCAUAUCAGUUAAAUGAUCAUCUGAGUUGUUUAUAUUGCUGGUUUGGGUUAAUGGGUAGAGGCAGAGGCAAGGGGAAGAAAUUGACCAUGGUCACUGGUAAUGAGGAUCCAGGGAGUGGUGGUGAAGAGGUGCCCCCUACAUAUAAGAGGAGAGGAAGGCCUCAGAAGCCCUUGAAGGAUGAAUCUGAUGAUGAAACUGAAAAGAUUGAAGACGUAGACAAUGUGAAGCUUACUGCACAAAGCAAAGAAAUUAAGGGCUCAACAAUGGUGAAUGGGAAGAAGAGGACUCGAUAUUCAAAUGCAAAACAGAACUCUGACUUGGUCAUCGACAAAAUUAGUGCCGGAUCGCAGUCCAUAGAUGAGGAUUCAACUAGGUCUAAUGGUUUUCGACAUAAUGGGAGCCGGCGGAAGAGCAAGCCUCGUCGAGCUGCCGAAGCUGGAGUUGAGUGCAAGUGAGAUUUUGAACCAAUUUUACUGAUUCAUCUAUCAUUCCAUUGCCAAGCAUUGAUGAUGACUGAGAUCCGUGGUGGUUCACUUCUUUUGUUUUUGUUGUCCGUCUUUCUUUUGUUUCAUUAUCUUGUUCAUGAUUAACUAGGGACUAAGGUCUAAAUAUAUUAUGUAUUAGUUUAUGGUCAUAGAAACAGUAGGAAAUUAGCUUAAUUUUAGCUUCUCUUUGCAGAGAGUUCUGAACAUAAAGUUUAACUAUUAUCCAUUUCACAAUUGUGCUUUUUUUUUAUUAUGCAUUAUCUUCAAUAUAUUCUUGGGAUACUUUUCAUCUUCU